GUCUUGUGUCCAGCAGGCGGCGCUGUUUACAUUCUGCAGCUGGGACUGAGGCUCGUCUGAUCUGCGGCUGCGCACAAAGAAUUGCGAUACCCAAACCCGGAUGUAACCAACGCCUAACCUGUCGGAGGAAGUACGAUGCAGACUAUAAAGUGUGUGGUGGUCGGAGACGGAGCUGUAGGUAAAACCUGCCUGCUGAUCUCCUACACAACCAACAAGUUCCCCUCAGAAUACGUCCCGACGGUGUUUGAUAACUAUGCAGUGACAGUGAUGAUCGGAGGAGAGCCGUAUACGCUCGGCCUGUUUGACACAGCAGGUCAGGAGGAUUAUGACAGACUGCGACCGCUCAGUUACCCUCAAACUGACGUCUUCCUCGUUUGUUUUUCUGUCGUCUCUCCAUCUUCAUUUGAAAACGUCAAGGAAAAGUGGGUUCCAGAGAUCUCCCACCACUGUCCCAGCACACCUUUCCUGCUGGUGGGAACUCAGAUGGACCUGAGAGACGACAGCAACACGGUGGAGAAACUGGCCAAGAACAAGCAGAGACCUCUGCAGCAGGAGAGCGGAGACAAACUGGCCCGGGAGCUGAAGGCGGUGAAAUACGUCGAGUGUUCUGCUCUCACACAGCGAGGACUGAAGAACGUGUUCGACGAGGCCAUCCUGGCAGCCCUGGAGCCUCCGGAGAUCAAACCCAAGAAGAAAUGCGUUCUGCUAUAGAACCCCGUCGGCCUCGGGUGGUUCUGAUCCGUUUGCAGAGAAAAGGACAAACCAAAGGGGAGGUUCACUGAGAUGUUCUGAUGGUGCCUUCAGGCUGCGCAAAUACAGUCGGUAUGUUCUCAAGCUUUUAGCCUGCAGUGUUCUGUUUAAGUUCUGGUGGGGCCGGACCCCCCUGCCUGUCACGGUUCUUCCAUUUUUUUAUAAGAAUCUUCCUCUGUAAAUUCUCCUGCUGUGUUUUUACUCUUCAUGUCAGUGGUUCUUUGGACCUUCAGAUCGAUAAUGAAGCUCAAGAGAUUAAAACCAAACGGCCACUUUCUGCGCCGAGGCCCAGUUUCACCACUAGAGCUGGAUCAGAACUUCUCUUUUACUCUUUUAUGUGUAUAUUGUAAGAAUUCUGUCGUGCUGUUUUGGGAAAUAUUAGAAUUUUUUAAGGUUUUUAUUUUUCACUUUGAAACUUGAGAUUUUUUUUAUUGCUGGACUUCCAACUCUCAGCGAUGGAUGAUAGAACAGAUCAAGGUGUAAUAUUUUAAUAGAGACGAUGAACUUUUCUAGGAAAUUUCUGGGUGUUUGUAAUCACAGGAUGUUUUUAAUAAAAUGGUUUAACUGAAAUGGAA